AUGGGGCUGGGGCUGGGUCUGGGACUGGCCGCGGUGCUGGCGGCCGCCGCGCUGUGCGGGAGCGGAGCUCUCGGAGGGCGCGUCCUCAGCGGUCAAAAGGUGUGCUAUGGUGGCUUCAAGCGUUCCUGCUACAAGAUAGCUUAUUUCCAGGACUUAUCUAGACGCGUGGGCUUUCAGGAGGCCCGCCAAGCUUGUGAAAUGGAUGGCGGGGCUUUACUGAGCUUGGAAAGUGAAGCUGAGCAGCAACUAAUAGAAAACAUGUUACAGAACCUCACUAAGUCAGGCUCUGGGAUUUCUGAUGGUGAUUUCUGGAUUGGAUUGUGGAGAAGUGGUGAUGGACUGACCACCUCCAGUGCUUGCCCUGACCUCUACCAUUGGGCUGAUGGAAGUAUGUCACCCUUCAGAAAUUGGUAUACAGAUGAGCCUUCCUGUGGAAGUGAAGCCUGUGUUGUCAUGUAUCAUCAACCAACUGCAAACCCUGGUCUGGGAGGGCCAUAUCUUUAUCAAUGGAAUGAUGAUAGAUGCAACAUGAAGCACAAUUUUAUCUGCAAGUAUGGCCCAGACAAUGUCUUAGAAAAAGAAUUAGGAGACAGAGCAGAGCCAGAUUACGGCAUUUUUCCAACGGUGCCAGCAGGAAAUCCAUAUGACACAAACAAACCAGAAGAUCAGUAUCAUGUUAUAGCUACUGAAACAGGUAUAAUUCCAAAUCUAAUUUAUGUCGUAAUACCCACUAUACCACUACUACUGUUAAUACUGGUGGCUUUUGGGACUUGCUGUUUCCAGAUGCUUCAUAAAAGUAAAGGAAGAACAAAAACGAGUCCGAACCAGUCCACACUUUGGAUUUCAAAGACCCCUAGGAAGGACAGUAGCAUGGAGGUAUAAUGAUUUACUGACUGAAAGCAAAGCAAAAAUAACAUUUUGCAGUCGGGCUGUAUUAUAAUGUCGUCUGAGAACAUUAGCUUGGAAUGGCUUGAAAAUGCAAAGGAUCUACAAGAAUGAACUGUAAGCUCCCCCUUGAGGCAAAUGUUCAGAUCAUUUUUAUAUAAUGUUUGAUUAUUAAUUCAGUAACAAAAUAUGCCAUGCUAAA